GGAGAACAAAGGAAACAGCAACUCUCUACAGAUGACGUCGUCAGGAGGAGAAUGAGUGCAGAUAAUAAGAAGGCUUUGCAUGAGAGGUUUGAAAGGCUGCUUGAGGGAAUAGAGGAGAGAGACAAGAAGAUGCUGAGUGAGAUCUACACUGAGCUCUACAUCACAGAUGGAGUGAGUGAAGAGGUGAACACUCAGCACGAGAUUCGGCAGAUAGAGAUCAGAUCCCAGAGAGUGAGGAGAACUGAGACGGCAAUCAGAUGCAAUGACCUCUUUCAUCCCUCUCCUGGACAAGCCUGUGUCCGAACAGUCAUGACACAGGGAAUAGCGGGCAUUGGAAAAACAGUAUCUGUGCAAAAAUUCAUCCUAGACUGGGCCGAAGGUCGAGCUAAUCAGGAUAUAGAUUUCAUCAUUGUGCUUCCAUUCCGGGAACUAAAUUUGGUUCAAGAUGUUCAGUAUAGUCUUCUGAAACUCCUGCUUGACUUUCACCCUGAAUUGAGAACUGAAGUAGAUGCACAAUUCUAUCAUAAAUCCAGGAUCAUAUUUGUCUUUGAUGGCCUGGAUGAAAGCAAACUUCCUCUGAACUUUGAGGAAAACCGUAAUCUGUCUGACAUAACUGAGGCCACCUCUGUGGACAUGCUGGUAACCAACCUCAUCCGAAAGAAGCUUCUGCCCUGUGCAUUAAAAUGGAUAACGUCACGACCAGCAGCAGCCAAUCAGGUUCCCUCUGAGUUCAUAGACAAAUGGAUGGAGGUCCGGGGAUUCACUGACCAGCAGAAGGAGAAGUACUUCAAGAAGAGAAUCAAAUGUGAGACUGAAGCAAACAGAAUUGUCUCACAAAUAAAGAAAUCUACAAGUCUGUACAUUAUGUGCCACAUACCGGUUUUCUGCUGGAUUUUGGCCACAGUGAUUCAGAGAAUACAGGAUCAGAGAGGCAACAGAGAACUCCCACAGACUCUGACGGAAGUUUUCAUCCAAUUUCUCAUCAUUCAAAACAACACGAAGAACAUGAAAUAUGGCAAGAAAAAUGAGAAAAGGAAGCUCUUCAUGUCAAAUAAGCUUAUGAUCCUGAAACUAUCUGAACUGGCAUUUAAACAUCUGGAAAAGGGAAAUAUUUUUUUCACAGAGGAGAACUUGGCAGAGUGCAGAAUUGCUGUGAGUGAAGAUCUGGAGAAGUCUGGGAUGUGUACCGAGAUCUUUGCAGAAGAACCUGUGAUUCAGAAGAGAAAGCUGUUCUGCUUUGUGCACCUGAGCAUUCAGGAGUUCCUGGCUGCUCUCUAUGUGUUUCAAUCCUUCUUAGCCAAGAACACGGAUGCAUUGGCGUCUUUCCCCAGAAAGGAGGAGACACUGCAUGAUCUGCUAAAGAGUGCAAUCGAUAAAUCCCUGCAGAGUACCAACGGACACCUGGACCUUUUCCUGCGCUUCCUUAUGGGCAUCUCACUGGAGUCCAAUCAGAAUCUCCUACACGACCUGAUGCCCCACACACAUCAGAGCUCAGAGAGCCUGAAGAUUGUAGCUGGGCACAUCAGAAAAAUUAUACGGCAGGACUAUGACUCCACAGAGAGAAGCAUGAACCUUCUACUCUGUCUGCUUGAAGUGAAGGAUAACUCCCUUCAUGAGGAGAUGAAAAAGUACUUGGAAUGGGGGACAGGUCUUUCAGAGGCAGACUGUUCAACAAUAGCCUACAUGCUUCUUAUGUCAGAUGACAUUCUGGAUUUGUUUGACCUUAGGAAGUACAACACAUUUAAUCAGGGUCGUAAGCGACUGGUAAUUGCCGUAAGGAACUGCAAAAAGGCCCAAUUUUCUGGAUGUGGCCUCUCCCUGGGUUCGUGUGAGGUUAUAGCAUCUGCUCUCCAGGUAGAAGACUCACCUGUGCAGGAGCUGGAUCUGAGCUCUAACCCCCUGCUGGACCCAGGGGUACAGGCUCUGUGUGCCGGACUGACCCACACCAACUGCCAGCUGAGGACUCUGAGACUGGCUCAGUGUGGGCUCACAGUGGGAUCAUGUGAGACUCUCACAGCUGCUCUUCAGUCUGAAACAUCUCAACUCAGGGAGCUGGACCUGAGUUACAAUGACCUAGAUGAUCAUGGAAUACAGUUAUUGACUCGUGGUUUGACACAAAAAUACUGCAAACUGGAGGUGCUGAGACUGGCCUUCUGUAAGCUGAGAGAAUCUUUCAGAAAUCUGGCCUCAGUUCUCCAGUCGGGACACUCACAGCUGAGAGAGCUGGACCUCUCCAACAACGACCUGACUGAUGACGGUGCUAUAGAGUUAUCUACAGGCCUGAGCCAUCCACACUGCAGGCUCCGGACACUGCGUCUCUCUGGUUGUCUCAUCACAAAGAGAGGUUGUAGGUUUCUGUCUCUGGCUCUCAAAUCAAACCCCUCCCACCUGAGAGAGCUGGAUCUGAGCUACAACCACCUAGAGGACUCUGGAGUGAGAACUCUCUCUGCACUUCUGAAUCAAGAGUGCAAACUUCUAAAGCUCAAGACUGAUCAUGAUGCACUUUGCUGGUUGAAACCAGGGCUGCAGAAAUACAACUGUGAACCCAGGCUGGACCCCAGCACAGCACUCCAACGUCUCAAUCUGUCUGACGGGAACACAAAGGUGACACUUGAACAAGAAAAAGAUGGUACAAACCCAAAGAGCCAACAUUUCAAUGUGCUGUGCAGAGACGGUCUGACUGGACGCCACUACUGGGAGGUUGAAUGGAGUGGACUGGGAGCAUCCAUAGGUGUGACCUACAGAAGUAUCAUCAGGGAAGGAGGUGUCUAUGACUGUAUGUUUGGGGACAGUGACAAGUCCUGGUGUGUGGAAUGUUACGAUACAUAUUUUGGAGCCAGACACAAUGAAAUCGAGACUGACAUCCAUGCACCCCCCUCUGACUCCCAUAAAGUAGGAGUGUAUCUGGACUGGCCGGCCGGCACUCUGUCCUUUUACAGUGUCUCCUCUAACACACUGACCCACUGGUACACAUUCCACACGACAUUCACUGAACCUCUCUACCCAGCUUUUAGCUUUACAUUCAUGUUUUCUCGCUUUUAUGGAAUUUACAUCUCCUCCUCCGUGACCAUCUCUCAGAUCCACACAGACAGAUCCCCCUCACUGCCUUUGCCAGGCUGGAAGGAAGAGGAGGAGGAGGAAGCGGAGAGAGGUCUAUAGUGAGAAGGAUAUUGGGGAUGGGGGGCAGCAAUAGAUCUGGACUGGUGUUCAGGUAAAGGUGGUGGUGGCCUAACGGCUCGUGUCCAUUAUCGCGGCAAAGCCCACCGCGCCGCACAUAGCCCGUUGAUUUCCUAUGGAGAGUGGCAAGGCGGGGUUUACGCUUCCGCAAUGCACCUUGGGAAGGCGGCGCGGCCAUUCAAACAGAGGCGGCGCGUCAAGAAGUUGGGCUUGGCUGCUUUAUGCAAAUGAGAGCGGUUAACGCGAGGUGGUUAGCCAAUGAAAGUACAUCUUCGGUAAACAAGUUCUGUC